AUGUCAGCACUCAACUGGACCAAUCUGCAUCCCAACAAGUUUCUUCUCCUUGGAAUUCCAGGACUGGAAACCAUUCAAAUCUGGAUCUCCAUCCCCUUCUGUGUGGUGUAUAUUUUGGCCUUCCUGGGAAAUUGUACCCUUCUGGUCAUCAUCAAGAACGACUCCAGUCUACAUGAACCCAUGUACCUCUUCCUCUCCAUGCUCUCAGUGGCAGAUUUGAUGAUCACUACCACCACAUUGCCUAAAAUCCUCAGUCUUUUCUGGUUCAAAGAUAGAGAGAUAUAUCUUGAAGCUUGUCUCACUCAGAUAUUUCUUAUACAUUCUCUGACGACCAUGGAGUCUGGCUUCUUUUUGGCCAUGGCAUUUGAUCGUUAUGUGGCCAUAUGUAACCCCCUUAGACACUCAGCUAUUUUGACCAAUUCAGUUAUCAGGGGUCUAGGUUUGGCCAUUGUCACCAGAGGAGUUAUUUUGCUGAGUCCUCACCCAUUCAUGCUUCGGUGGCUUCCCUACUGUAAGACCAAUAUUAUUCCCCACACUUACUGUGAGUUUAUGGCACUGAUUAGACUUUCCUGUGCCCAGACCAAGAUUCACAGAGCCUACAGCCUUUCUGUUGCUUUCCUUACUGCAGGGUUGGACUUCAUCCUGAUUAUAUGUUCUUAUAUCCUAAUUCUGCGCACUGUUUUUCGCUUACCCUCCAAGGAAGCCAGACUGAAGACUCUGGGUACCUGUGGUUCCCAUGUGUGGGUCAUUAUGACUUUUUAUACUCCUGCCUUUUUCUCAUUCCUCACACAUAGGUUUGGACGUCACAUUGCUCCCCAUGUCCAUAUUCUUGUAGCUAACAUCUACCUUCUUAUACCACCCAUGGUAAAUCCUAUUAUUUAUGGUGUUAAAACUAAACGGAUCCGGGAGAGGUUCCUCAAAAUCUUUACAAACAAAAUUCCUUGA